AUGGGGCACCUCGUGCACGACCCGGCUCAUCAGACAUGGGUGUACUACCUCAAGGCCGAAGGGAUGGCGGCGUUCAAGGUCACGGUCACGCUCCAUGCAAGAAUGGUGGAGAAGUGGAUCCGGGGCGUGAAGAGGGACUUUCUCAACGCCGCAACGACCAAGUGCGUCAGGUUGGACUGCGAGUUCAUCGACCCUCGCAAGGCUGGUGAGGAGAAGUGCGCCGCCGUCCUUCAACUCUCGGUGGCGUUCGAGAAAUUGGUGUUCCAGAUUAUUCAUGCCGAUAUAAAAGUGCCACAAGUGCUCAAUAAUUUAUUGGAGGACGGGAACAUCAGAUUCUGCGACGCCGCUAUCGGCAAUGAUGUGAAAAAGCUAAGACUCGACGGCAUUCAUUGGGACAAACCUUGA